AUGCCUUCACUUCAACAGCUAUCCAUUGCUUCCAAAGAAUCCAUUGGCUUACUCCCCGUAGCAAAUCCGCCGGAUUGUUCGGUUCCAUGUCUGGAAGUUUUGGACAACGAUGUGCCUAUGCAGGGUGGUGGAUUCUACAAUAAGAAUUCAGAACUGCAGUACGCAGCAAUGCAGAGAGCUCUGCCAUUAUUCGACUCAACUUUGAGGCAAAGCACAACUCCAGUGGUCAUUUCAGUGGUAGAAUACGGAUGCGCUCAGGGCGCAAACUCAAUCGAGCCAUUUCAGCGUGUCUUGAGCGCCAUUUUCUUCAAAAGGCCAGCCGCUGACACUAUUAGCAACGAAGUGAAUCUAAUUUUCACUGAUCGCGUCGGGAACGAUUUCACCAUGGUGGCAAACACGAUGAACAACACUCAGUGGUUCCCAACUACUAGACCCGGUCCAAAGAUUUUCACCUCCAUGGUAGCGCAGAGCUUCUACAAAAGGGUCGUUCCUACACGGUCUGUCUAUCUAGGAUUCUCUCUGGCUACGCUUCAUCACUUGGAACGAUAUCCCACUCUCAAUAUGUCUGAUGGGAAGGAAGGAUCUGAAUCAAACGAGGAACAGGCUCUGCUCAAAGAGCAAGCUGACAGAGACCUAUGCAAGUUCCUCCAUCUAAGAGCUGAAGAAUUUCGAUCGGAUGGAACUCUGGUUCUAUCUUUGGUGGGCCAGUCAUCAACAGGGACCCCAAAUUACCCCGGAUUAGUGAAGUCUUGUCGAGAGGCCAUGGUGAGUCUUGUGACGGAGAACCGGAUUCCGCCCGACGUUGCCAAGGCAUUCCGAGUUCCAACUUACGAUCGAUCGUUGGAGGAUGUUGAGACCUCGCUCGAAAAGUUACAAGAUCUCUGGAGAGUGGAACACAUCUUUGAAGAAGAAAUUAUCCACCCUGCGUACGAGACUCUUGUCACCAUGCAGCCUGGCUCUGAUAGUGCCAGGGCAAGUGUUGACUAUGCCAACACCGUGGUAAACUGGAUUAUUGCUGUUAUCUCCGGCUAUUUCGUCAAAGCAUUGGAUGUCGCGGGGGUGAAUGAUCCGGUGGAGCAAAAAAACUUCUUGGAGGCUUGGAGCUCUUUGACUAAACAGACCUUCCUCAGGGAACACCGGAAUGAAAAAGUGGCGUGCUCAUUCAUUUACGUGAAGUUGGUCAGAAUUUAA